AUGCAAAAGCUCGUCAUCGUAAUAACAUUUAUAUGUUUUAGCCUUGCUACGGCUGGUGUGGAUCAUCUUCGAUCAGAUCGUGGCCAUCGUUUUCCAUCGGCUCGUGGCGAUCAUUUUUCAUCGGGCGGUAAUAUCAAUAUGUUGGCAUCAAAAUUGUGUGCCAAUAAUAGCUUGGCUCAAGCAUUUCUUAGCAAAAACCAAGCGGCUUUCACACAAUUGAAGUCGAAUGGAUCAUUUGCACAAUUUCUCGAAGAGAAAGCACAAGAAGUAGCCUACAUUCAAAAUAGUCCCAAUGUAGCUCUUCUCUCAUCGAACUGUACGCAAUAUUUCAAUGGUCUUGCAACUGCACGAAAUGCUGACAGGCAAAAAGAACGUCAACAACGGGAAUAUGAACGUAUUGGUGCUAAUCUCCUCCGGCAAAUCAUUCCAACUAUUUUUGGCUAUGGCAGUCAACGCCACUAA